GCAUUGCCCGGAGUUGAAUGAUGCCGGAAAUUCAUCGCUGCGCCUGCGCGGUGUAAGCUUCGCAACCUCAAUCUGCUGCGUUCGGCCGGAACAGCUCCGCGAAUAUGGCGUUAAACAGGAAUAAUUCGGAGGAGGGUGGAGUUAUCGUCAAUAACAGUGAGAGCGUUUUGAUGAAUUAUAAUCACGUUGAAAUGACAUUCCAUGAUAUGGAGCAUAUGCCAGAUGUCUUCAAAGGGACCAAGAAAGGGAGUGUCUUCCUGACCCCAUAUCGCGUAAUCUUUGUGUCUAAAGGAAAAGAUCUAAUGCAGUCUUUCAUGAUGCCCUUUUAUUUGAUGAAAGACUGUGAGAUUAAGCAGCCGGUUUUUGGAGCAAAUUACAUCAAGGGUUCCGUGAAGGCAGAGGCAGCAGGUGGUUGGGAAGGAUCUGUAACAUUCAAAAUGACAUUCUCAGCUGGAGGCGCCAUUGAAUUUGGACAGCGUAUGCUUCAGGUGGCAUCUCAAGCUUCAAGAGGCGAAGUCCCCAACGGAGCUUAUGGUUACUCAUACAUGCCAAAUGGGGGUUAUACCUUUCCACCCCUUGCUGCCAAUGGAAUGUACCCUUCUCCUCCUGCAGGGUAUCCUUAUCCACCACCCCCUCCUGCAGAGUUCUAUCCUGGCCCCCCGGUAGAUGGAGCCAUGGGAUACAUGCAGCCUCCUCCACCUCCCUAUCCUGGGCCCAUGGAGCCACCUGCAUCAGGCCCAGACCUUCCCUUGACUCCAGCAGCUGAAGCUAAGGCUGCAGAAGCUGCCGCAAGUGCUUAUUACAGCCCAGGCAACCCACACAAUGUCUACAUGCCCAUGGACCAGCCUCCUCCUCCGCCUUACUUUCCACCAGAGGACAAGAAAACUCAGUAAACCAGCCGCCUUUCAUUGCUUCCUUAUUUCCAUUUGGCUAAAUGUUGAUUGGGGAUGUGAUGGUGAUAAGGAGAGUCUAGUCUCCCUCCUGUACAUAUAACUUCCACAAGCAGCAGUGGUAGAGAUGAGUGCCAUCAGGAAAGAGAUUUUAAAGUUCCUUGGAUUAUCAUACAUAAACCUGAGAAUCUGCUGUUCCCUUCUAUAUGACUUGUGCUCCAUGCUGACGAAUAGCAAAGGGAAAUUUUUGUUCCUCCUCUCAAUUUGUCUCCUUUCCUGGGCAAAGACUUCUUCAAACUGAAAAUCAGCUAACAGAUAGUGAAACAGGAUUGUUGGCGCCUUGUUGUGUUGACCAGCUCUUGCAUGGUGAGACGCUGGGAAAAAACCGACUCUUUGAUCUAUUGAUCAGCUUCAAUGCAUGAACUCUGCAAAAGGAAGUACGCUGACCUCCUGACAAGAAUACCUAAUGGCAUGUACUUAGAAUGCUGGUUCUAUUAUGGAUCCUGAGAUUUUCUGUCUCUUCUUCCACAGGAUGUGUAUAUGGUGGCUUCUAUGCAUCAUUAAUUUUGAACAUUUCUAUCCAGCCACUUCUGCAUCUUGAUUAUUUUGUUCUUUAUAGCAAAAUGAUGGCUGCAUCUUUGGGGCCAGUAAAGCGUCUGAGCCUGUACGGUGAACUUUGCAGAUUGGUUGUCUGAACUCCUUCCUGAUGUCUAAAAAGGUUUUCUAAGGAAGAAGGUAGCGUGCAUAGUUUGACUGUUUCAAGAAUUUAUUUUAUGUGGGGUUUUUUUAUUGUUAUCCCAAGUAUCCAUAUAGGAACUUCCCCCCCUUUAGUUGCAUGGAGCUGAACAGUCGUUACUUCUCUUUCAGGCAAACAGCAGAUUGCCUUGCCAUGGUUCCUUCUAGCUGUAACGUUAAUGAAUGCCACGCAUAGCAAAAGCAUGAGAAGUAGCUGAGUAGUAAAACUGUGCUGUGCUUCCUGUUUUUCCUGCGCCAAAUGGUGGAAGAGGGGAAAAUAGAGAGCAUAUUAAAGAUCCAUCUUGUGUGUUUGUGACAGUAUUCCACGGGCACACAUCUGGCUCCCAAAGAUCUCAGAAAUCUAUUGUACUUAGGUUUAUGCACUCCAAUCAGGAGUCUGCCUGCAUUCCCAGAGACCUUAGAAAGCUGCUACAAUUUCAUCCGUGUCGCUUGUAAUUUAUAUAGGAAUAAAAUUAAAGCCUGACUUGUACACAUUCUUUCAUCUUUUCUGGACAUCUUGUAACGGGGAAUAGUACAAGUGUGCGAAAUUGCAGCUCUCUGGAUUGCUAACUUACUGAGUCAGUGCAGGAAGCUCGGGCUACUUCCAAAGCCACUUUGAUGCUAGGUCUCGAACACUGAUUGAGACAAUUCUAAUUUAUUCCAGCUGCAGGCACAUUGCUGGGUUCUGUUCCACUCAGUAGGGAAUGCCAACUGCUUCCCGUUGUCGGUGCAGAGACAUCCCAAGAUUAACGGGGGUUGGAAGGUGGUAUCAUCAGUUGUCAAGAAUAUGGCAAAGCCGGAUGGCUUAACUGCAUGCCUUUGCAGUGCUAGAUUCUUGCCUCCCUGACCUAACUGUGUAUUUUGUUUUUGAGUGACAUUACUGACCUUGUGCGUUUCCAGGGGAUGGUGAUGCAAAGUUGUUUGUUCAGAAUAUCCCCAUUUGCGUUGAUCUCGGGUAGUAGCCACUGCUGCAGGAUCAAACGACAGCCGUGUGGAUGAGAGCUUUGGGGUUUUGACAGGAUGCAAAUCCUGGGGGGUGUUCUGAAAUUCCAACCAUGCGGUUUAGUUUGCCUGGCAAUCAAGGCCGUCCUUAGUUUGGUUUUCCCAAAUACUUUCUAACUGAUAAGUGUUGCUCACCUGUGCAUUCUCCCUGCCGCCUCUCUUUCCACCUCAUGCACUGACUUCCCCCCUAAAUCUGCUAGUUAAAACUGCAGCGAUGUAAAGAAAUAAUUAUUUGAAGAAUUGGUAUGUAUUCCAGGGAAGAUUAUUUAAUAUAUUAUGGCUGUGAAGCACUUCUUUUGAAUGCAAGGCUCUGUUUUGAUUUGCUAAGACUGUGAAGUAAAGAUAACCUAAAUUAAAAAA